UGAUUCCCAUUUGGUCACGAUGGUCUACCUAUCACCUUGUAAUUGCGUUGUUACUAUGCUAGACUAACAUGGCCAUGGAAAGUAUUGCCUUUACGAGAAUCCAAGGUUAUGACUAAGCCUUUUAACGACCAGCUUGGGCGAUUGGUAUGGCAAUGGGUUUUAAACCGCCAAACCCUUGUUGGAAAAAAGUAUACCGCAACGUAAUUCACAAGGAAACGGCAAAUGUAAUUGCCAUGUUCGGUUCACCCCGAUGAAAAAGUUUUACUUAACUAUUCCGAAAGGAGAAGAAAUUAUGGGUGGCAUCUCAAUCCAAAGUUCAUAAAAUAUGUUAAGAAUUUGAUUUUGUAAGUGGUGUGAUUGGUGACAUGCGUUCGCCAAAUCCCGGCGAUGUCGUAAGAAGAGAAGGUAGGGCGAGGCACCAAACAAAAAACGAAAGGAAGGAAUAUUGAGGAGCCUUUGGUUCUCCUGAGUAUGACGUGUCAGCGAUCUAUUAGUUCUGCCUAAGAAAGAUGCUGGUAACCAUCGACACGUCACCAGAAUUUCCUAUUUCCAGGUCCACAGGAAGCCGGGGCGCUCCGUCUUUCUUCCCACUCGCUCGAGUAUCGGUCGUCGGUACUCGCCACCCAGCGGCUGGAAUUUGUGGACAGAGAUCUCACUGUCCGGGCUGGGACAACGCCCUGAACCUGUCUCGGUAGACUAGACUUGUUACUGCCUCGACAGAGCGAGUACUGGAGAGUUCCGACACUCGCGAGCGUGGGUCUUCUGCUGUAAACCUGAUCUCCACGCUAAGACCCACUUGGCUGUUUUAUAAGCACAUAGCCGCUCCAUGUUUCUUGCAAAUUAGCGGUUUUUCUUAACCCGGAAUUGAAAAUUCUCUCUCUAUCUCUAUCUCUAUCUCUCUCUCUCUCUCUCUACACUUCAUUUACUUAUAAAUCCCCCCCAAGUUUAUUCAGAAAAAGCUGCAUUUGCCGUCGCUGAUACUGUCCAGCGUUUACCUCCAAAUGAAUUAGAGAGGUGGGUGGUGGUAAUCAAGAUGGGGAGAGGGAAGAUUGUGAUAAAGAGGAUCGACAAUACAGCAAAUCGUCAAGUAACAUUCUCGAAGCGGAGAACGGGACUGCUCAAGAAAGCGAGAGAGCUCUCAAUUUUGUGUGACGCUGAGGUUGGGCUCAUCAUUUUCUCCAGUACUGGCAAGCUCUAUGAAUAUGCAAGCACUAGCGUGACUUCUGUAGUUGAACGUUACAAAAAGCUAAAAGAGGAACAAUAUCAACUUCUCAAUCCAGCUUCAGAAGUCAAGUUCUGGCAAAUGGAGUUAGCAUGCCUGAAGCAACAACUGCAGCAUUUGCAAGAAUGUCACAGGCAAUUCAUGGGACAAGAACUAUCUGGUCUCAAUGUGAAAGAACUGCAGAAUUUGGAAAACAGAUUGGAAAUGAGCUUGAAGGGUAUUCGUACGAAAAAGGAUCAAAUUCUGAUCGAAGAAAUAAGAGAACUUAACAGAAAGGGAGCUCUCAUGCAUCAGGAAAAUAGAGAGCUGUACAAGAAGGUGGAUCUCACUGGCCAUGAAAACACAGAACUACAAUACAAGGUUUACGGGGCAAGUGAUGUGACUAAAGCAAACAGUUGCCCCAUAUCAUACAAUACAUGUGAUGUGUAUGGCUCACAUUCACCCAUGAAUCUCCAGUUAAGCCAACCGAGGCCUGAAUAUACAGCAAAAGUGACAAAAUUGGGAUCGCAACUACAGUAGCACAAUUUUGUGGCUAAGGGUGCUAGAGAGACAUUCAUUACCAUCAGUUAGCAGAGCAGAAACUACAGUCAAGCUUCCGUGAGUGAGAUAUAGUAUUUGACUCUGAAAGAUAUUAGUGGAUGUACCUUGAGGCAUGGUGUAAUUCUAUGAUGUCCCGUUAUUUCUGAUUGCUCUGAAUGGAUAUCACUGCUAUGUAUGAUUAUAUUUGCGAAAUAAAGGAAGCAACUUUU